UGAUGAUCUCUUCUCCUCCUUGAUCUCCCACUACUUCAUCUACACUAAUACCACUCUUUGCCCUGUUCACCUCGAGCAGUCCCAAGUUUUACCCGGCUGUAUCUGUGCCCUUCAAUCAUUUUACUUUGCGCAGAAUCAACCAAGGACACCAGAAGGCGUGGUCUUCAGACAGUUCCAAAGACUGAAAGGCACUAUACUCUCGGCAGUCACUGGGACCCAGCGGCCCGGCACUUAUGCCCAACCAAACCAGCCCAAUUGGACCCAUCGCGUACCGUCUGGCUGGAACCGAUCUCGUUUCAACGACUCCGAAUACGGCCAGGUCGGGUUAGACGUCGUCGUCAGCUGCCCACAAGCAGUGUAGCAUCAUCCGCUUGGCCGAGGGAGGCUGUCAGGUAAAAAUCCCUGAGCAAGUUACUUGCCCGGACUCGACCUUUCUCACACUUUUAGGUCGAGACCACCAACCGGGAUUGUCCUCAUCCGAGAGUCCUGGUCAUCUCAAUAGCAAAGCCUGAUGACCCUCUUGAUUCAGUCACAUUUGUCUGUCGACCACCGGUGACCCUAUUAUGUAGAACUCACAACGUGCCAGGUUUCUUGUUACCUUAACCGGAAGAGGCAGUCAGUUAUCAUACCACUACUCCGCGGAAAUCCAAUUUCAGAAAGGCGGUCAGCAUUGAACAUUCUCGCUUUACCUCAGCAAUAACACACCUACAAACGCUACCGAUCCCUCGAGGCCCAGUUUUCCAUUGUGAUAACCUCGAUCAGGUCAACCACAUUGAGCGGACCAAAUUCCGGUUCGUGUGCUCUCCUAAUCGGGAACACUGGGAGCUCGCCCGCUAGCAAGCCAAUACAUCAUCGUCAUCUCGUCAGGCUCAAGAUAACACCACUUGCUCGCCCCACCCUCUGAUCUUGGGAUCGCCUCGGCCACAUACAGAGAUCGCUGCCGGGGUGAAGCCAGGUUUCAGGGGCAGGGUAGGGUACCCCUUUAAUACAAACCUCAAGUUCGACCCUUUUACCGACCUGUCAGGGUGACCGUGGCGAGAGGCGUGUAUCCUUCGCCUUCACCUACAGCUUUUACAGAGUCUCACUUUUGCUCGAUGCACCCGUCGUCCCCGGCAUGCAUGGGAGCAGGUACGGUUCUGAGGCCUAUGUGCUGUACAGGUCUGAAGAUGAGAGCACGGCGACGCCACCACCCCGCGGAUACCGUGUGAAUGAAGAUUACGGCCCUUCUAUGCUGGGAGCAAUCUGGACGACAUGGUCUAUUGCUGUCAUUUUUGUCGCCCUGAGGUUUUGGGCGCGGUCCAGGGCUGUGAACGGGCUUGGGGCAUCGGAUUGGUGCAUUCUGUUUUCUCUGGUUGGUUAGAGGCUGAAGUUUUUGCCAACAACCUUCGUACCUGCGUUCUAACAUAUGUUGACAGAUGAUGGCAGCGGCAAUGUCCAGCAGCCAAAGCAUUGGUCUAAAUCGCACAUGGCAUGGGCAAACACAUAUGGAACGUCGAUUAUGAGGCCAAUUAUGUGUUUUUAAUGGCGGGAUUCUGGGCUUCGUCUUUGACUUAUUUCCUUUCGCUGGCGAUGACCAAGAUCUCCAUCUGCCUGUUAUAUCUCACCAUAUUCACCGUGGAAUCGGCACGGAGGGCUACAUAUGCUGUCCUCGUCAUUGUUUGUAUUACCAGUGUCUACACGAUUAUGAUAAUCUGCACAGCUUGUGUACCACUGCGAGAUUUCUGGGAUCCGGCUCAACCUUGGGGCGUUGGAUUACCCAAACCAACUUGUCAUACAAACCAGUGGUACUGGAGCUGCACAGGUUUGACAAUCACCACGGAUUUUCUCAUCUUUCUUCUGCCCAUCCCAAUCGUCGGUCCUUUGAAGUUACCCGCGCGACAAAAGGUUUUCGUUGUCGGCAUCUUCGCCGUGGGCUUUGUUAUCUGCAUCGUCUCACUCGUCCGCGUCUUCUAUCUCUACGCUUCCCAAUACACAGCUGUUCAUGAUAUCACCUUCAGCACCGGACAACUCACCUAUUGGACCGCAAUCGAAGUCCACACUGCCAUCGUCAUCGCCUGCGUCAUGACCCUGAAGCCUCUCAUCGUCCGCUUCUUCCCUAGCUUCCUCGACCCGCGCGCCAGCAACAACAGCAGCGGUGAACAAGGCGCCACAGGCGAGCCAACUGCCACCAGUAGCGACCCCCCUCUGACGGUAGGCAGAAGACCAUGUCGCAAUGCGUUUGGGCAGCGUCUCUCAUGGAUCGAGGUCCCCGAUACUAGUGGACAGCAGCAGCAAUCCGGCCCAGGGCUAACAACAACAACGACGGCGGCGGCGGUUGGGGAUGCUGCGCUAAGCGAGAUACCAGUGAGCGGGAGGGGGCGAUACCAACAGUUUUUGAAUUCUCCUUUUCUUCUGGCGGCUGGGAGGACAUCGACUGAUAGCAGGCCGUCUUUUGAAAUGAAAACCUCAACAACAACAACAACAACGACGACGAUGACAAUAAUGACAAACUAUAACGUUACGACAACCUCGGCAGAUUCGAUGAAAGCGAAUAGCGAUACGACUUCUGUGUCUGCGCUGUACCGUGAGGAGGACGUGGAUAGCACGACAAACCUCAAGGGUUGUUGUGCGCAUGGACAGAGUGAUGCUGGUUCGGUACAUGGAGUCAAGGCCGACUGCUAGCUACAGUUCCGCAGCGUAAUAACUGAGGCAUAUGGACACCAGCUGCACUUGUUGAGGCUAAUUGUAUAUAUUCAAGGUGUGUAUUGUACAUAUUAUAUAAUGAGAAGCCGAGGAACAAGUAAUAAAGGAUAGUACCGAAGCCUUUUUUUCUUGCUUGUAACACGGCACGGGA